GUGAUUAUGUUUUUAUUUUAAUUUCAUGUUUUUGUCUUUUAUAUUCAAACAAACGCUUUGAAUGUUAAAUGUUUUGUCAAAACACACAUUAAUUUUAUUUUAUUUUUGAUCAAAACGUUUUGUUGUCAUACAAAUUGUAUGAUACAAUUGACAACUGAAUUGAGUGAAUCACCAAUUGGUUGGCCUAACCAUCACUGACACGACUGACUGAUUUUUGGACACCAAUUACUAUCAUAUCAUUGAUACAUACAAUUGAAUUAAUCAAUUAAAUGCUAACGAAAUGUUUGGUUGACUGAUAUCUGGUGUGGGAGUCAACCAAAACACAUAUAUUUAUGAUUAAUAAUAAUCGAGUAAUUAGUCAUUGAUUAUCAAUUGAUUUGUUUGUGUCUUAAAAUUGUGAUAUUUUGUAAACAAAUUUUGGGUUAUAUUGUAUAUCAAUUGGUGACCUGUGUUGUAGACGAGUGGUCGCUAAACUGUUGCUAAAUGAAAACCAUGGGUUUACUGCCGCUUGAGUUUACCGAUGGCCUCACGGAUUCGCCAUAUUUUCGGGAGAAAAUUCAGUCUCACGAGCGUGAGUUGGACCGCAUGAAUGUGGCCAUUAAGGACCUCAUCAAAGAUGUCAAAGAGCUACUCAAUGCUGCCAGAACCUUAUCACGAGCCCAGAGGUCAGUGGUCGAGACGUUAAGUAAUUUCAGUUUUGAAUGCAUCGGGAGUUCACAGACUGACGAUGAGAUUGUUAUCGCUGGUUCACUCAAAGAGUUUGGACGUCUAUUGUCGGCCAUUGAAGACGAAAGGGAUCGAAUGUUGGAGAGAGCGAGCGCCACAUUCAUAGAGCCAAUUGAGAAGUUCAGACGCGAACAAAUCGGUGGCGCAAAGGAAGUGAAGAAAAAGUUUGAUAAAGAGACACAAAAAUUUUGUCAAUCACUCGAAAGACACCUAAACUUAUCGACCAAGAAAAGUGAGAACCACUUACAAGAGGCCGAUGCGAGUCUUGAGAUGGAACAAAGACACUUCUUUCAGGCCUCAUCUGAAUAUGUCCUCAAAUUACAAGAAGUAAAUGAACGCAAAAAGUUUGAAUUUGUUGAAACGGUGCUUAGUUUUAUGUACGGUUGGCUUACGUUUUACCACCAGGGUCACGAAGUCGCCAAAGAGUUUAAAUCACUUCUAAAUGAUUUACAAAUAAGACUACAAAGAACACGAGCCAAUUACGAGACCACACAAAAUGAAACGGAAUCGCUUAUGAAUAAAAUGCUUGAAGUGAGAAAAAAUAAACUGCAAGACUCGGGUUCAUUAAACAAGAUGUAUACACGACAGGGAUAUCUGUUUUUAAUGGAGAAGAAAGCGUUUGGCACGUCGUGGGCAAAACACUUCUGUCAAUACGACAAAGAAAACAAACGAUUUACAAUGAUUCAGUACAAUCAGACCAUCGCUAAGAUUAUAUCUACUGAAGAAAUUACACUUAAAGAGUGUAUUCGCCGAAUGUCGGACUCAAUUGACAAACGAUUUUGUUUUGAUAUAAUUCCUGUGGAAAAGCCAAACGUUUUGUACACAUUUCAAGCACUUUCGGAAGAGGACCGUAAGCUCUGGUUAGACGCUAUGGAUGGCAAAGAACCGACACAAUUGAAUCCAAGUCUUACAAGCAAAGGGUUACCUCAGCGAACAGAAGAUUGUCUUUUGGAUGAUUUAGGUUUUAGUUUUGUCCAAAAAUGUAUUCAAGUGAUAGAAAAGCGAGGCCUCGAAGAUCAGGGUUUAUACCGUGUUGUGGGCGUCGCUUCCAAAGUGAACAAAUUGAUUCAGUUAUCUCUUGAUAGAAGAAAAAUUAGUGAUAAUAAUGAGAUAUACGAUUUUGAUACCGACGAGUGGGAAACAAAAACAAUAACCAGUGCUUUAAAGACUUACUUUCGUAAUCUUCCCGAACCUGUCAUGAGUUUCCGAUUGCACACUGCAUUCAUCGCAGCCGCCAAAUAUGAGAACAAAGUUCAGAGAAUUGAAGCGAUUCACUGUUUAGUCCACAAAUUGCCGUCAGUUAACUAUGAGAUGUUGGAACUACUGAUUAAACACCUAUGCAAAGUUGCGAAUCAAUGCGAGAAGAAUUUAAUGACAGUUUCCAAUUUAGGCGUUUGUUUUGGACCGACACUUCUGCGACCCGAAGAAGAAACCGUUGCCGCCAUUAUGGACAUUAAGUUUGGAAAUGUUGUGGUAGAACUCCUUAUUGAUAACUGUGAUAAAAUAUUUGGUUCAAAGCCUGAGAAUGGCUUUCCAACUCAGCAAAGAAGUUCUCCUUUAGGUGCUAUAACACCUAUGAAUUCAAGCCCAUAUGUACCGCAAAUGGGUGCUAACAACCCAAACAACAGUCCUAUUUACGGACGAAUUCCUUUACAAUAUGAUAAUAACUCGACAUACGCUCAAAUUAGAGGUCCAACUCGGAGCACAAGUCAGGAUCAGUUGGCUGGCAUUACAAACCCGACGGGCCAACAUCAAUAUCGACGACCUCUAUAUCAACAUAGUUUAUCGCACACCAACAGUCAUCAGAUGACUGCAUCUUACCCACCGCCGCCCAGUACUUUAACUUAUGCUCAAUCUAUCCAAAGCCUUCCGCAACAACAUUAUGUUCAAUACCCUAACGGUCCGCAGCAGUCACUACAACGGCCCGUACGACCAAUGGUUUACAAUCAAUGGAAUGGACCUCCAAAUGUUAUGUUAGGUGCCUGUUCUGCUUCCCAUCAUUCACAGCAACAACAGCAGCAUCAACAACAACAACAACUCCAUCAAAUUAUAGACAAUCACAAAGAGAAGUCGCCCACUACUAGCUCGAGUAGUGCUGAUUCCCUCCUAAAUAGUUUAAGUCAAACACCAUCGACACAAGUUGUCCAAAAUUCCAGUCCCAACAAUACCUCUUCAAACAACUCGUAUUCGAGUUCACAAAAAAGUUUUUAUAAUUAUAGACAACAAUUGAUGACAACUCCGUCAGUGCAGAACAUUCCUAUCAAUUUCCGUAAAGUUAGGACUCGUUAUGCGUGUGUUGGCGAAAAUGACUCGGAAUUAUCAUUCGAGCCAAAUAUGAUUAUCACAAACGUGCGUCCAUCACGAGAACCGGGAUGGCUUGAGGGUUGUCUUAAUGGAAAGACUGGUCUGAUUCCAGAAAAUUAUGUCGAAUAUUUAGAUUAACUAAUACUGUGUCCAACGCUUAUGGGUUGUCACUUAAAUAUAGUGCCAUUUAUUAUUAAAAUUAUGAUAAUUUUAAAAUAUCGAAGUAAUAAAUAGACUUAAAUU